UAAGUGUAUAACAUGCAAGAUAUAUGUUCACAUUAUUAAAUAGCAUAAGUAAGUUUGAAUGAACAAUUGUUUCGUUAAUUUGAAGCACGUGUUAGUUUGAAAUUAUAAAAAUGACAAAAAUUAGAAAGGUGAAACGUAGAAAGAAAUAUCGUAUGAAUGUAAAUCGUAAGCGAUUACGAAAUAAAUUAUACAAAUUACCUACAAUAACAUGUGCUCAAAUAAAACAAUCGUGGGAUAUAACUAAAUCCACACGAACUAAUUUAAAUCAAAUGGGUUUAGCAUAUGAUCCUAAUGAAACUUUAAAGAUACCCAAUACAAAAAAAGAGCUUAUUGACAAAGUUUCAAAAUGGAAAGUCGAGGAAAAUGAUGAAAAUAAAUUGCAGACUGAAGAAGAUAUUGAAAUGACAUCAGUAAAAAUACAUGUAGCACAAGAACUUGAAACAGAAGCAAAAGCACCAAGAAAAAGGAUGUUUAGGUUACCAAAUAGUCAAGUUCAUUUUCUUACCUAUUUGAUGGAUAAGUAUGGAGAAAAUUAUAAGGCUAUGGCAUUAGAUAGAAAGAAUUAUAAUCAAUUAACUUGGAAACAAAUACGUGCUAAAAUUAAGAUAUUCAAAGGUAUCCCUGAGCAAUACAAUGAGUAUCUUCAGAAUAAAAAUACAUAACAUAAUUCAUAAUAUAAUUCAUUAAUUUCUUAGUAUAUUUAACACAAAUAUAUUUCAAUUUUCAUACAAAUUGGUAUAUAAAGUAUCAAAGUAUAAAAUUAAUAAAUUAAUUAAUAUUCUUAUUUAGGUAAGUACAAAAACAAUAGACAAGAAAAAUUAAUACUUAUUACAACAUUUAUAUAAAUAUGUGUAAUACUAUUCACUGUAAAUGAAUAAAAUAGAUUUAUGUUUCUAAA